CAACACUCACAUGUUACCUCCCCUGCCUUCUUGCAUCUCUCCCAACACACUCUCUAUUGAUAUCAAUUUUCUAGCUCACCUCUCGGUAAUCCUCCUGGUAAUCCAUGGCAGCUAGGCUCUCUGUCGGGUUGUUCCGUGUAGGAAAAUAUGAAAUCCAGGUUCCCAAACAGAUGACUGCUGUUAAAACAAUUCGGGAACUAUCUCCUUCAUUUAUAGGCCUAAGGCUGGGAAAUAAGCGGAAAUUGAGCAUGUGUUUCGCGGUGGAGGAAAAUGAGAGUCCAGUAGCUGCUGCAGAAGCUGAAGAGAGCUCGCGAGAACUUGAGAGAAAAAUAAUAGAAUCCUUCACUGUCGCAGGAGGCAAUCGUGCUGAGGAAAGAAUGGCGAGGAAGAAAACAGAACGGUUCACUUACUUGGUCGCGGCUGUCAUGUCUAGCUUCGGGAUCACAUCGAUGGCUGUCUUCGCCGUCUACUCAAGGUUCGCUUGGCAAAUGGAGGGUGGAGAGGUUCCUCACUCAGAGAUGCUUGCCACAUUUUCACUUGCUUUCGGGGCUGCAGUUGGCAUGGAGUACUGGGCAAGAUGGGCGCACAAAGCGCUAUGGCACGAUUCGUUGUGGCAUAUGCACGAGUCACACCAUAAACCAAGAGAAGGAGCAUUUGAGCUGAACGAUGUUUUCGCUAUAAUAAACGCGGUUCCAGCCAUAGCGCUUCUCGCCUAUGGCUUCUUCCACAAAGGCCUCUUUCCUGGCCUUUGUUUCGGUGCUGGACUUGGAAUCACGGUGUUCGGGAUGGCCUACAUGUUUGUCCACGAUGGUCUUGUUCACAAAAGGUUCCCUGUGGGCCCUGUAGCCAAUGUGCCCUACUUGAGAAAAGUUGCCGCUGCCCACCAGCUGCACCACAUGGAGAAGUUCAACGGAGUGCCGUUCGGGUUGUUUUUGGGACCUCAGGAAUUGGAACAAGUCGGCGGAAAUGAAGAGCUGGAGAAAGAGAUCAAUCGAAGAAUCAAAUCCUCUAACUAAUAAUAAUCAGUUUUGUAUGAUAGUACAACUUCAUACUAUAGAGUAUACAUUAAUGAAAUGAAAGUAUAUUUUUCUGGUUC